AACGUAAUUUGUCUAUAUCUCUAUCACCUCUUUCAUCAUAUUGUUAUCCUCUUUCUAAAUUAAAAUCAUAUCACUAUCCAAAGUUAGAGCAAAGUAAAAAUAAAAAAGUUACUUGAAGUAGUGUAAGAAAAAUCAUAUAGGAAAAAAAUUUGUGUUUUUGUUAGGAGAAGAUGGCAUCACAACAACAACAUUUAAGGGAUGAGCAUGGUAAUCCGGUUGAGCUGACGGACGAGCAUGGUCAUCCAGUUAAGCUUACUGAUGAACAUGGCCAUCCCAUUCAUCUCACCGGCGUCGCUUGUACUGAUGAACAUGGUAACCCCGUGGACACCCGCGGGUUGCACUCUACUGCGACUCAUGGUGACGUAGGACAUGACAGUACCAUGGGUACCCGCGGGGGUAAUCAUGGUGGCGUGGGACAUGACGAUCUCAUGGGUAGUCUCAUGGGCGCCCGCGGGGCUGCAACUCAUGGUGGUGGUGUGGGACAUGACAAUCUCAUGGGUACCCAUAGGACGCACUCUACUACGACUACGACUCAUGGUGGCGUGGGACAUGACAAUCCCAUGGGUAUCCAUGGUAUGCAGUCUAAUAAGACUCAUGGUGGUGGCGUGGGACAUGACAAUCUCAUGGGCACCCACGGCGUAGGCACCCAUGGGAUGCAGUCUACUACGACUCAUACUGGCGUGGGACAUGACAACCUCUCAGACACCCACGGGUGGACUCAUGGUGGCGUGGGACAUGACAGUUCUACGGCCACCCAUGGGACGCACUCUUCUGCCACUCGUGAUGCCGUGUUACCAAAAAAUCCCUUGACCACUGGGAUGCAAUCUUCGACACUUGGUGGCGCAGCUCAUGGAACUCAUGGAGGUCCCAUGACUAGCGGGAUGCCGUCCGCGACUCUCGGUGGCGGCAUGCAUGGUCAUGAUGAGCCCGGACACCGUGCCCCUGGGACGCUAGGAGAUGUUUUGGGAGGCGGGCAGCACCAGCCGAGGAGAGAUCAGCCAGGAGGGACUGCUGUUGGUAUUGUUACUAAAGAGAUUCGACGAAGUGGCACGAGCUCCGGUGAAUCGUCCGAGGAAGAAGGACAUACACCCACGGGUGGGAGAAGGAAGAAGAAAGGAUUGGGGGAGAAAAUCAAGGAUAAGUUAAUGCCGGGUGGGAAGCACAAGGAUCAGGAGGUAGACCAUACCGCGACAACCACCAUGGCCACAACCACCACUACCACAAUCCAGCACCAUGAGGAUGAGCCCGCUGAGAAGAAAGGUCUAAUGGACAAGAUUAAGGACAAGUUGCCUGGCCACCACUAGUUAGUUAUGGAGUUCGGUUUUUCAAUUUCGUUAUAGUUUUUGCCAUUUUGUACCUUUGGAUGUGACCUCAUGUACAGGCCAGAGUUGAAGGCUUUUAAUUUUGUUGUAUGUUGAAUAAUCUAUGUGCAUCUACUAGUAUGCGCAGGGUUAGUUUGUGCUUCUAGAUGUUGAGAUGUAAUUUUCUUUUGUUCGUUUUUAGGGUUUUCGAAUGUGUGAAACUUUCCAUUUAAAGAGUGUUUUGAAUUUCAAUUGUCUAAUGUGAUGAAUGUACCUUAAAUUUCAUAAGCAAUGUUUUACCUUU